CGGGCAGAGGCGGAGUCUUCUGCCGAGGGCCCUUCGGAGAGAGGCGGAGCCUAUCUCGCAUCAGGACCAGUCUGGCUGCACCUGCAUCCUUAGCUCAGAGCAUCCCUGGAGCAUCUAAGAGGAAAGCGCACCCAGCAACCUGGGAUCGGACUGUCGCAGGGGCAGUCACCAGACACCAUCCCCUCCCCUGAUCUGGAGGUCUACAGCCGCGGCCUCGGUACCGACCGAGAUUCCCAAAGUUGUCUGACCUCUGCAAAAGUGUUGCUAUCAACAGCCUCUGAUCACAACAUGGCUGAGAUCACAAAUAUACGCCCCAGCUUUGAUGUGUCACCAGUGGCGGCAGGCCUCAUCGGGGCCUCUGUACUGGUGGUAUGUGUUUCCGUGACUGUCUUUGUGUGGACAUGCUGCCACCAGCAGGUGGAGAAGAAGCACAAGACCCCGCCAUACAAAUUUAUUCACAUGCUGAAAGGCAUUAGCAUCUACCCAGAGACCCUCAGCAACAAGAAGAAAAUCAUCAAAGUUCGGAGAGACAAAGAUGGUCCCGGGAGGGAGAGUGGACGAGGGAACCUGUUAGUAAAUGCGGCAGAGUUUGGCCUGCUGGGCCAAGAAAAGGACCCCAGAGGGCCUAGCUCUGCAUCUUGUAUAGACCAGUUACCCAUCAAAAUAGACUGCGGGGAAGAACUGAGGAGCCCCAUGACAAGCCUGACCCCUGGUGAGAGCAAAGCUACCUCCCCAUCAUCACCAGAGGAAGAUGUGAUGCUAGGAUCCCUUACCUUCUCGGUGGACUAUAACUUUCCCAAAAAAGCUCUGGUGGUAACAAUCCAAGAGGCCCAUGGGCUGCCAGUGAUGGAUGACCAGACCCAGGGCUCUGAUCCCUACAUCAAGAUGACCAUCCUUCCUGACAAGCGGCAUCGAGUGAAGACCCGUGUGCUUCGCAAGACUCUGGACCCUGUAUUUGAUGAGACCUUCACCUUCUACGGCAUCCCAUAUAGCCAGCUACAGGAUCUGGUGCUACACUUCCUUGUGCUCAGCUUUGAUCGCUUCUCUCGGGAUGAUGUCAUCGGGGAGGUCAUGGUGCCACUGGCUGGUGUGGACCCCAGCACAGGCAAGGUUCAGCUGAUCAGAGACAUCAUCAAGAGGAACAUCCAGAAGUGCAUUAGCAGAGGGGAACUCCAGGUGUCUCUGUCAUACCAGCCCGUGGCACAGAGGAUGACAGUGGUGGUCCUCAAAGCCAGACACCUGCCGAAGAUGGAUAUCACCGGUCUCUCAGAUCCUUAUGUCAAGGUGAACGUCUACUACGGCAGAAAACGCAUUGCCAAGAAGAAAACCCACGUCAAGAAGUGCACUUUGAACCCAGUCUUCAAUGAGUCCUUCAUCUAUGACAUCCCCACCGACCUCCUGCCUGAUGUCAGCAUUGAGUUCCUUGUCAUUGACUUCGAUCGCACUACUAAGAACGAGGUGGUGGGGAGGCUGAUCCUGGGGGCACACAGUGUCACAGCCAGUGGUGCAGAGCACUGGAGAGAGGUCUGUGAGAGUCCCCGCAAGCCCAUAGCCAAGUGGCACAGUCUGAGCGAGUACUAGCUCCUUCUUGCCUCCGACCCUGGGGCCAGGCUGGGGAGGCACACGGCGGGGAGAGAUAACAGAGAAGCUGACUCAAAACCUCAUUUUAGUCGUAGAAGAAAAUUUCUUACAAAACAAACCACACAAAGAGCAUCUUACUGCACACCACUGCAGGUCGGUUCUUAGCGUGAGAAGUGUUCUCUUCUUUGCAAGGCACUAGACGAUCUUUUGUUUUUAAAAUGGGGGGAGAGAAGGAAAGACCCCACAGUCUAUAUAUAACAAUGUAACCUUAUACUUGCAUGUCUAAUACAAACAAGAAAUUAGCCUAACCGAUAUCAAGUUGCAGAUUUUAAUCCAUGAAAAUUGUGUUUUGUGCCGAACUGUAUUUGCUGAUCUCCUGAAAUUGGCCUCCUCCUAUCAGGCUUCUCUGGGUUAUUCCCGUUUCCCAUCAUAGCAGAAGAAAAGUCUACUCUUGUAAAACCCCGUGUUCCCAUCAUUCCAUCCUUUUUUCUAUCACCUCUCAGGUCUCUACUCUUUGGCCGAGUUUCAAGUCCAGAGUCUGGAGUAAGCAGAGGAACAAGUGGGGUUUGCAGGAGAAAGAGUAAUUGAGAAUGGGGUGUCUGUGUUAGCCACUUACCAUAAAGGAGCAGCAGGCCGCCAGUGACUAGCAACAGCAUGGCGGGAUUGGGAGGCGGAACCGGACUUAGGACUUGCUGAUUUCUCUGGAAGCUUUGGAGACUUCAGCUUCAGCCCAAGGGAAGUACCAUUGAACACCAGCUGAUCCCGAAUGCUACGUGCAGGUCAGGGGACAGGGAAGGAGAUAAAAUCCCUGCAGAAGCUCUGGCAUCCCCUUAUGCUGUCGAUGCUGAUGGAAGUUGCUUUUCCAUCAGCAUCCUCAGGAUUUGCUCCCUGAGGUUUACAGUAAUGGUUCUUAAGAAAGCUGAGUGGGGCUGAAUAGUGAGAUAAUGUGGAUGCCUUCAGGGCCCACGCUCUCCUCAGCAGAGAGUCACACCCCACGGUGAAGUCCUCCGUCUUUCUGCCCCUGGGCAGGACAGUGCAGAGCCUGGGCGGGCUCCUGGAGCUCAAGUCUCGCAUGGGACUCAGGAGUGAAAGGUGAGCCUGAGCCAAGUAAGACACAGCUUGAUCCAGGGCCUGAAAGCUUGUCUGUGACUGAAGUGCCCCCUUCCCUAUAGGACCAUCACUCUCCAGCUUGCUUCUGAGAACAGGUGGAAUGACCAGCUUGGUUUCCAUGGCGAGGGUGGUGACACUGCCUUUGGUGUCCCUUAGUGCUUGUAGAUUUGAAUCCACUCUUCCCCCACACACACAUACUCAUCCUUUCAUUUUUUUGUUUUGUUUGUUUGUCUGUUUUGCUUUUCCCCUGCGGGAUUCUUGGCAACGCGGACGGCCCUGUAUAGGCAGGGAAACCCAUUCUGCCCUUGUCCCUCUCCACCAUUGUAUCCCGUGAUCUGACUCAGUGUCCAGCCAUCAGCUGGGGUCACACCACUACAGUCUCCGCCCUUUAACCCAUGGAAUGUAAAUAUUGUAUCAUACGUAGGAGACAAUACUUUUUGUUUUCUAAAAAGGCAUUUUGACAUAGUUUAACGAAAACCUGGCGGGAGCAUUCUAAGCCCCAUUAGGGAAAAAAGUCGAAAUGGUUCCUCUUCGUCGCCUUAAUGUGUAAAGAUCAGAAGUCGCUCAGCAGCUUUAUCUCCUUCCUUGAAGCAACGCUAAGUGACAGGUGGAGUCCAGUCUCCGACCUGCUGUGUGUGCCUCUGUAGCUCCUCCUGAGAAGUCGGGAACAGCCUCACCCCUCCUCCCUUCCCCAUCUCCCCGCAGCUCAACCCCUGGCAACCUCUGGGUCUACUGAGCAGUGGGGUGGGGGUGGAGGGAGCUGAAACUUCCCCAGGCUCGGGGCUGCCUCCGCGCAGGAUCCCUCCUCCUACCUCAGGCCUGAUCCAGCGUGUCCGAAAGCUUCUUAGUUGACUUUGGCUUUCACAUCUGUUCUUCACAGAGCUCACUGAUGUGGGCGGAGGCAGACUGCCUCUUCCUGUCAGUUGAGAGACAGACAAGAGAGUCACAUCUUAGCUUUUUUGCACAAGGCACUUGUGGUUAGGAAUAGGUUAGGGAAAGGUCACUCCCGAUUUCCCAGCAGCCAGUCCUAUGUAGAUUUCUUGACUCUUUGGGACUAUGAGAAUUAUUCCCAUUAUCAACAGCUCCCUUGUGAGUUCUUCCUUCUUUGCGUUCUCAGCAGUGCACAGCCGCAAUCUGCUGUGCUAGAGAGAAUUGCUGUAUGGGACCAGGGUGACCUACCCAGGGGAGGGAUAUGGAAGACUUUCAGUACUGGUCAUGACAGUGACAUUACCCUCACCACAAUCCCUCUCCAAACAGGUUGUCUUUCUUUACCUUGUGUCUUCUCUUGUAAAAAUAAAACUCAAAAUAAAAGUGUCAAAUUAAAAAGAAAAAAAAAACAGAACAAGCUAACACGAACUGUGUGAAGUUGCAUAAUGCCGUGACGCUAACCUGCAGUAUGUAACGCUGUCUGCUGUGUUGACUUGUUGAUGCGCCACACGUGCAGAAUAAAGACUGAUUCACAGUGAAUAGG